AUGAACGUCUAUUCUGUCUUCGUUUUCGCCGUUUUGGCCAUCUCAUCGGUUUCUGGAAUCAUCAAUAUUGGAGGAGGAAAGAAGUGCGGAAGAGGUGGAAAUGGAUAUGGAUCCGGAAUCAUAAUCGGAGCUCCAAAGCCAGGAGGAAAGUAA